AAAAAUAACCCCUCACAGCAAUGGACUUCGGGGCCGCCCGGCGUCCGAGGCGCCCGUCUCCCCCGCGGAAAGCCCUGCUGUAAAAGAAAGGAGGCUCAGAUGAGCCCCUGCUGACUUGAGAGAGAAAGAGAGACCACGCUGAUUGCUGACAGGAACUGGGGGAAGAGAACAAUUCCCGAACUCCGGGCGCAGAGCUCCCUCAUCAUGAGCAGUGCUGUGCUGGUGACUCGCCUCCCAGACCCCAGCAGCAGCUUCCACGAGGAUGCCCCCCGGCCCCCUGUUCCGGGGGAAGAAGGGGAGACCCCGCCGUGCCAGCCUGGGGUGGGAAAGGGCCAGGGCACCAAACCCAUGCCUGUCUCCUCCAACGCCAGGCGGAACGAGGGUGGGCUGGGGGAGCCUGAGGGGCGGGCGUCCCCGGAUUCCCCGCUGACCAGGUGGACCAAGUCUUUGCACUAUUUGUUGGGCGAUCAAGACGGUGCUUAUCUCUUCCGCACUUUCCUGGAGAGAGACAAAUGCGUGGAUACCUUGGACUUCUGGUUUGCCUGCAAUGGCUUCAGGCAGAUGAACCUGAAGGAUACCAAAACUUUACGAGUAGCCAAAGCGAUCUACAAAAGGUACAUCGAGAACAACAGCAUUGUCUCCAAACAGCUGAAGCCCGCCACCAAGACCUACAUUCGAGACGGCAUCAAGAAGCAGCAGAUCGACUCCAUCAUGUUCGACCAGGCACAGACUGAGAUCCAGUCGGUGAUGGAGGAAAAUGCCUACCAGAUGUUUUUGACUUCUGAUAUAUACCUCGACUAUGUGAGGAGUGGGGGAGAAAACACAGCUUACAUGAGUAACGGGGGCCUGGGGAGUCUAAAGGUCGUGUGUGGCUAUCUCCCCACCUUGAAUGAGGAAGAGGAGUGGGCUUGUGCUGACUUCAAGUGCAAACUGUCACCCACGGUGGUUGGCUUGUCCAGCAAAACCCUGAGGGCUACAGCCAACGCCAGGUCCACGGAGACCACUGAAAAUGGAUACAGGUCCUUCAGGAGGAGUGAUCCCGUCCAUCCGUACCACGCGGGGUCUGGCUAUGUCUUCGCACCGGCCACUAGCGCCAACGACAGCGAGAUCUCCAGUGACGCGCUGACGGAUGAUUCCAUGUCCAUGACGGACAGUAGCGUAGAUGGAAUCCCUCCUUACCGUGUGGGGAGCAAGAAACGGCUCCAGAGAGAAAUGCAUCGCAGUGUGAAGGCCAAUGGCCAGGUGUCUCUACCUCAUUUCCCGAGAACCCACCGCCUGCCCAAGGAGAUGACCCCCGUGGAGCCCGCCACCUUUGCAGCCGAGCUCAUCUCCAGGCUGGAGAAGCUGAAGCUGGAGCUGGAGAGCCGGCACAGCCUGGAGGAGCGCCUGCAGCAGAUCCGAGAGGAUGAAGAGAAGGAGGCCUCCGAGCUAGUGCUGAGCGCCAGGGAGGGGGGCCCCACCCCGCACCCCCUCUCCCUCCUGCCCUCCGGCAGCUAUGAGGAGGACCCGCAGACAAUCCUGGACGACCACCUGUCCAGGGUCCUCAAGACCCCCGGCUGCCAGUCGCCGGGCGUGGGCCGCUACAGCCCCCGCUCCCGUUCCCCCGACCACCACCACCACCACCAGCAGCACCACCCCUUCCUCCCACCCGGGGGCAAGCUGCCCCCCAUGGCCGCCUCGCAGGCCGGUUGCCCACUCCUGGGAGCCAAGGGCUUCGUGACCAAGCAGACGACGAAGCACGUCCACCACCACUAUAUCCACCACCAUGCCCUCCCCAAGACCAAGGAGGAGAUCGAGGCCGAGGCCGCACAGCGGGUGCGCUGCUUCUGCGCAGGGGGCUCCGAUUAUUACUGCUACUCGAAAUGCAAGAGCCACCCCAGGGCUCUGGAGCCCGUGCCAGCCGAGCAGUUUGGCAGCGGCAGAGGCGGUACCCCGCCCAGACGCACCGGGAAGAGCGCGGAGCCGGGCCCGGCCCUGCCAGCCAGGGAAGGAGGCGCCCCUGGCGGACCCGGGGCCCUCCAGCUUCCCGGGGAGGAAGGAGACAGGGCACAGGACGUCUGGCAGUGGAUGCUGGAGAGUGAGCGGCAGAGCAAGCCCAAGCCCCAUAGUGCCCAGAGCACAAAAAGGGCCUACCCCUUAGAGUGCGCCCGCACAGCCCCAGCUGAGCGAGCCGGCCGGCACCACCUGCUGGGGGCCGGCACCGGGCAUCCCCGCGCUGUCCCCCGAGCCCACCCGUUCACCCAGGACCCCGCGAUGCCCCCCCUGACCCCACCCAACACGCUGGCGCAGCUGGAGGAAGCCUGCCGCAGGCUGGCCGAGGUGUCCAAGCCCCCCAAACAGCGGUGCUGUGCCGCCAGUCAGCAGAGGGACAGGAGCCACUCGGCCACUGGUCAGACAGGAGCCACGCCCUUCUCUAGCCCCAGCCUGGCUUCGGAAGAUCACAAAGAGCCAAAGAAGCUGGUGGGGGUCCACUCACUCCAGGCCAGUGAGCUGGUCGUCACAUACUUCUUCUGCGGAGAAGAAAUUCCGUACAGGAGGAUGCUGAAGGCUCAGAGCUUGACCCUGGGCCACUUUAAAGAGCAGCUCAGCAAAAAGGGAAAUUAUAGGUAUUACUUCAAAAAAGCGAGCGACGAGUUUGCCUGCGGAGCCGUGUUUGAGGAGAUCUGGGAAGACGAGGCGGUGCUCCCCAUGUACGAAGGCAGGAUUCUGGGGAAGGUGGAGAGGAUCGAUUGAGCCCCGGGGGUCGGGCUCCGGCGGACUGUGGGGGCCACACGGCCGGCCCCUGCCGUGACGGACUGCGACGAGAGACAUUUUGAAGGAAAAACUAAACCAAUGAAGAAGACAAAAGUCUAGGGAAGAAUUGGCCACUGGCCACUUGGGGGGAGGGGGGGUGGUUUUCAUUAUUCACUAGCUGGGUACUGAGAUAAGAAACGCCUGAACUAUUUAUUAAAAACAUGACCACUCUUGGCUAUUGAAGAUACUGACUGUAUUUGAGAGACUCCAUACAUAAUAUAUGAUUGCCUAGGGAUCUGGAAUCCGUAAACUAAGAGGAACUGUGUACAGCUCACCUGAACAGGAACCCUUACUGCUAUUUAUUGAACAGUUGAUUCCCCCCUGUCCCCAAUUUAUGGAUAUGCUGCUCUAAACAUAGAAGGGGGAGAGAGGACGUUUUAGUUGUCCUGUCCAAGCUUAGGAGUUGAGCGAGGAGUGCAUUAAUGAUUUCUUCAUUAAAAGAGGAAAUCUCAUGCUUUGCCCCGCACUUCUCCAAGCAAAGACAGACUUUUGCAAACGGCGCCCUACCGUCGACACAUGCAGAAAUUGGUGCAUUUUUUUUUCUUUCUAUGCUGCUCUGUUUUGUCAUAAAGGUCUUGAUUUGUAAUGCCACAGCCCCGCCAUCUAGGGUCGUGGCGUUGGAUGGGGAUCCGUUGUGGGGUGUGGUGCGGUGGGGAAGGCCUCCUUCCCGGGCCCCCGGAUUUCCUCAGCAACUCGUCUAGCCCCACCAAGGCACAGCUCCCGAAGGCUGAGGCUUGCUAGAACCUUGGAGUCCAACUUGUGCUGUUACCGAGAUAACGAUUCCUUGGAGGUUUUUUGGGGGGGUUUUUUGUUUGUUUGUUUUUUUUGUGUUGUUUUGUUCUGUUUUAAUUAGUCUUUGAACCACCGCCAUUCUGGAAGCCACCCCAACCCGCCUUGGCCUGCAAAGAAGCAGACAGUCGUGGGGAGACCCAGCAGCACCCUUUCCUCCAGACACCUUCAGUCUGACGUUUGGGUUUUUGUGUUAAGUUAAUCUGUACAUUCUGUUUGCCAUUGUUACCUGUACUAUAUGUCUGUAUAUAUUGUACAAGAGUAUUAAUCCACUAUCUCUAGUGCUUGACUUUAAAUCAGUACAGUACCUGUACCUGCCCGGGGUCCUGCUCCGUGGGUCGCCCUAUAUUGAGGGCUCAAGCUUUCCCUUGUUUUUUGAAAGGGGUUUAUGUAUAAAUAUAUUUUAUGCCUUUUUAUUACAAGUCUUGUACUCAAUGACUUUUGCCAUGGCAUUUUGUUCUACUUAUACUGUAAAUUAUGCAUUAUAAAGAGUUCAUUUAAGGAAAUUUACUUGGUACAAUAAUUAUUGUAAGUAAGAGAUGUAGCCUUUAUUAAAAUUUUAUAUUUUUCAAAA